AUGGAUCAACAACAAAAGGAAUUGGCUCAAAUUAAAGCUAAAAUACAAAAUCAUUUGAUAUCUUCUGGUAAUUAUGAUAUAAUAAAUAAACAGUUAAAGCUUAAAUUAUAUGAAUCUGGUUGGUAUGAUAAAAUUAAUCAAAUUGCAUUAAGAGAAUUAAAUGAUAAUUCAAAUAUAAAUUUUGAUCAAUUAUAUAAUUUUAUAAAACCAAAAGCUCAAGAUUUAGUACCAGAUAAUGUUAAAGAUGAAAUAAAUGUAAAGAUUAAACAAUAUUUAGAUCAUGUUGUACAAUAA